UAGCAGUGAUAUCGAUAUAAUAAUUCUAGCACUCGAGGUAUAAAGUAAUAUAAAUAGUUGUCGAUAUCUUUUCACAGAAUUUCAGAAUAUUUACAAAAAAAAAGUAGAGCAAUCACAAGCACGCAUGCAUGUGUGCUGCGCGCUUAUGAAGAUCCACUUUCCAAGCGGCACUUGGAAAGUCGUUUCUUUGACGCGUUUCAUCGUGCUUUUUUAAGAUGCUCUCGGCUCACACGAUACAAAGGACUCCCGGUCUUGGAGGCAGCCCUCGCGCUGUGAAAUCGCACGUGGCUCGCAAAGAAAAAAGAAACGUAGCCCCGACGAUGAGACGGCUAAUUAAGUCUAGUGGCCCGCGAGCAAGCUCGCACGCGGGCACACGCACGUAAGCGCACACGCACACGCCGGUCUUGAACCCGCGUGCACGCAUUAAUACGCACCUACACGUUGCACGCCUCGUCUAUACUUGGCCUCUUGGCCGUGCCGAGGCGUACAGUCUCUCAAAGGUCCUCGAGUGCAUCGUAUCAUCGGCGCUUUUCCCUGUCUGCUGCUUUCUCUUUCUCUCUCCCCCUCUCUCUUUCUCUCGCUUUAUCUCUAUCUCUCUCUCGCGUCACAUCUUCGCUCGUUGCCGCCUCUCGCGCUCCGUAUAUUUAUCUUCGUCCCCGCGAUACGAUACGGACCGCGGAUCGCGAAGCAGAAACAGUGCACUCUUUCAUCGGAUCGGCCGCGAUGCAACGCGGCGACGCCGGGCAUCGCAUCGCGAGAGGCAGCGCGGAAGUGGCAGUUCGCUCUCGAUAGAGCGCCGUGGUACGAACAAGCCCAAGAGUGUGCCCCACCGUGUCCGGGGAUGUUCUCGGGAUAAUAACGACUCGCCCGAGGGAAGGAGAGACUUGCCUCUCGAGAGAGCGAUCUCGAGAGAGUCGCCGUCUCUCGUUGAACGUAACGCGCGCGAUGCCCAUCCGGGCGCGCGAGUGAUCGGUGAGAAAGAUGUGGUUCAAAUAUCACAAGGGAUAUUACGACGUGCGCAAGCUGGAGCUGGAGCUGGAGCUGGUGCAAAGGCUCGCCGAUUACGAGAGGUACCUGGGGCAGGAAGCGAGGAACCUGAUAGACAGCGAAUGCAUUGACAGCGGGACGGUUCUUCAUCGCGGACAAUUAGAGGGUGACCUCCAUCGUAUCCAGGAGCUGUUCCCCGGCGACAACUUGCGGCUGCACGAACGAGACGUCGUCACCACGAAAACGAAGAAUAUGUUACGUAAACGAAACAGUAGUACUCCAGUCAGACUGACAAGAGGACUUUCUCAAAAAGCUCUAGAUGUCCCGGAUAGUGUUCCGUCUCCUACGAAAUCGCCGACUAGGACUUUUUUGCUGGAAACACCAGUUCAAUUCACUACGGGCAUGCAAUCUCAGGAGAGGCAUCUGUUUCUCUUCACCGACCUUCUGUUGAUCGCAAAAGCUCGUAGCGGCGGAAAUUUUAAGCUAAAGCAAGUCGUGAAGAUGAGCGAGCUCUGGCUCACGGCUGGUCACAUAGAAGAUGUGGCGGAGACCAGCAAGUCCGCGGAAACCAGCUUCGUCCUCGGCUGGCCCACCACGAACGUCGUGGCCACUUUCAUGACUGCUGCAGCGCGAGAUCUCUGGUGGGGACGAUUGAACGACCUCGUGCGAGAGGAGAGCAUGAAGGAGCCACCGCAUACGAACAUUCAAGUUAUAUACCACGACAAUGACACGCAUACCGACUAUGUCAAGACAAUCAUGGUCGGUUCCGAGAUGACGGCGCAAACCUGCGUGAACAUGGCAAUGCCGCUGUGGGAUCUUCAAGGACCUUUCCAACUUUGGGCUCGAACGUUUCCAGACGAGCCGUCGUAUCCGUUGAUAGGACAUGAGCGGCCGUUCGCUAUCAAGAUGUCGCGCCUACGACACAUGUUGUCUACGGAUGAAGGCUUCGAUCUGGUGCACAUCAAUAAUAGCGGUGUCGAUCUGUGUCACUUCACCCUCAGGCCUGUAAUGAAGACACCCGCCAAGAAAAAUAAUCGGUCGAAAAUAACCGGUCUGUUGCGUCGCUCGCUGUCAUUGAAUCCGAGUCUCUUCGGCGUAAAUCUGUCGCGGCUGGACGAGAACGGUUUGCCCAAACCUGUUCUUGUGAUGCUGCAGCAGCUGUUCGCGAAGGGUCCGUUUAUGCAGGGAAUCUUCCGCAAAUCCGCAAAUGUUCGAAUUGUUCGAGAGUUGCGAGAACAGAUUGAAUCUACGGGAGAUCCUAGUUGCCUGGAGGAUGCGCCGAUCAUAGCAGUGGCGGCUUUGCUAAAGGACUUCUUGAGAUCUCUACCGGAUCCCCUCUUGACCUCCCACUUGUUUCCUCUUUGGAUGGAUAGUUUGGAUACACCGAAUCCUGUCAAAACCAUUAAAAGCAUUCUAGAUAGACUGCCAAAGGCGAACUAUACAUUACUCUCGCAUUUAAUUUGCGUACUGCAUCAUGUGGCAAGGCGAUCAAAACGUAACCUCAUGUGUGCCAGCAAUCUUGGCGUCUGUUGCGGUCCGAGUUUACUUUGGUCCUCGAACCCAUCGGUAAAUCAGAGUAGAGCAAUCCCGACAAUCACGGAAAUGUUGAUCCGUCAUUGUGAGGAUUUGUUCGGCGCAGGAGUCAUACAGCUUCUCGGAGAAGACACACGUAGCGACAGCGGAGCUGAAGAAAGCACCGACAGUCUUCACUCAGGUGGAAUAUCCUUGGAUAGUCUGGAUCUGACGGAGGCACCACGUAGAGAUCCUAUGUCACUGUCAAGAGACUCGGGCUUAACCUUGUCAGACUGCCAAUUAUUCAUCCCAGAAUCGCCCGUAGGCUCAGAAGAUUCUGCUCCGAAUGCCCCAUCGUCUACCAAUUAUGACAAGCCUCUUGCGAAGGAGGAGAAGUCUAAUGGCAAAACCUACAUGCCGGUUUAUAGAUGUGGAUGGGAAGAAAGAUUAAAUGGUUACACGUCUGGUAAUCAUAAUCAUACGAACAGCACGGAGCAUAAUUUCAGAGAGGAAAAGGCCAACGGAUGUUACUCCAACCCAUCUCAAUCGUCCAAUUUUCAGCGGCAGGAUUGGCUACGGGCACAGCUCAAGAGAACACCUAGAACGAAUAAACUUGACGAGCACGAGCAUAGAAAAGAGAGAUUCGUCGACAAAGACAUGUUUGAUAGAGAAUACCUCAGACAGGACGCGAUGAAGGAGAAUGUAGAAAACUGCAAAACUUAUCGGAACAGGCAGUUAAAUGUAAACUACGAUAUAUUAUCAGAGGAUUACGAUAGCAAGAGUUCACAGCAAGAUAUCCGAAGUGCCGAGCGGGUGUCGAUUCACAAUUCGGAACAGGAUCUGACGGGUGGCAGCGAUACACCCCGCUCUAGUAACGAUUGCUAUGAAUUUAAGAAGGUCAAAUCUUCCGAAGUCCAAUAUGUAAGUUUGGAAUCAUCGAUGUCGGAGAAUGAUCGCCGUCGCCAAACUCGCGGUCGUGAAAUGUACGAUGACUUCGUUAGGGUAAAGGCGAUAUACAUGGAAGCGCUAAAGUAUCACAAAAAUAAGGAAUCGAAUGGUGAGUCCGAUAGUAAAAUUAGCUAUUGCGAGAACAGGAGUCGAUCGAGCGAAGUCUACGGGACCGCGGAUACGAACGAUUCGUACAAGAACAUAGUAAUCGACCUCAGCGAGGACGAGCAGGAAGAGAGAACGGCAUCAUGGCCGGAUACACCACCGCCAUUGCCACCGAGACUCAGGCAUCUACCGCCGGUGCACAUGAACCUUGAAGACAGGCAUAAAGCGGCGGGUAGAUCCAGGUCUCUACCGCCGCCGCCGCCAUAUCGACCUCCACCACAGCCUCGCGCCCCUAUCACAACGAGGCAUCUAGGAUUUGGCAGAUCCGUCGUCGACGAUGAGAGCUACGUUUGAGAAACGAACAGCGCACUGGCUCUUAAUUAUUGCAUAUAUCCCUUCUCCUCCAAUCCAUUAUCCCGGCGCGAAUAUGUAAUGUUUUUUAAGUCGUGAAUCUACGACAAUUGAACCUAGUCCAAACCGAAACACAUGAUAGUAUCGAGAUAGAGAAAUGAUGACGUUUAAACGCGUGUCGCAUCACGAUUGUUUGUGUCAAGAGUAACGAUUACUUAUCGUCCCUUCUUUGAUCAAAUUUAGAGAUAGCGAGACGAAUGAAACGAAAUGUAUGCGUGAGAUGGCGAAAUGCAUAAUUCGCCGUCUAUUCGUGACCGCUGACAAUAGAUCUUGGCCCAUGUUCUCGUCACAUUUUCAACGCUAAAGGUGUUCAUUCGAUAUUCAUCUUUCUAAUUUGAAUGUUUCAAGCAGAUGAAGCUCCGAUUUAAAUGACUAUAUUUGAGAGUUAAAUGCUGCGUUAAAUCGAGGACAUGGGCCUGUGACUGUCAUUCAGUGAUUCAGGGUGCUUCCACGAGCGUUAGUUCAUAUUAUCUUUGUAGGCUUAGUAUUCGUAUUUAGGUAGAUGACUAAGCAUAAACUAAUCAAACGGACAAUACUAGCCCCAAGAUGAUAAUGAAUAAUUUUUUUCUUACAUAAAUAACGUUUGUAAAAAUAUUAAUGAGGGAUUAAUUUUCUACGAACGAUUUUUUUUCUAGAAAAUAUGGAAAUACGAUUUGAUGCUGUUUGUUAGCAGCACAAUAAGAGGCACAAAAACGCGAUCGACGAAUAUGUUCUACAGCGUGUUUUAUAAUGCCUUAACCAGUGGAAAAUCUUUUAUUCACGUAAAUCAUUUUUAAUGGACGCAUUUUUCAAAUUGAGUGCACUUCUCAAUCAACAGCACACUUAUAAAAGUUCAUAAAAAAUCAAUUGACUAAUUGUGAUCAACAAUGAUGAGAUUCGACAGAAUACUCAAAAAUAAAUUUCUAAAGAAUUUUUUAAAAUUAUUUUGUACACUUAUAACUGGUAUCCAUUCAAAGCUAACUUUUAAAUAAAAAGACCAUUUUUUCAGCUUUGUAUGUCUUUUUAAAAAUAGUUCUGUUAACAAUUCAUAUCUGUGUGUUUUAACGAAAUCUGUUGACGGAAUUAUUAUAUUUUUCAAUAUUUUCUUUUCCGUACGUGUUCGAUUUUUUCUCGCGUCUGCAUCGAACAAGGAUGAAUUUUCCUCGUAAUCUACAAUAAUAAUACUUUGUUUCUUUGACAACUGUAAUAUAAUUCGCAAAUAUAAGAUAUGUGUGCACAUGGAUACAACUACCAUUAUCUUUUUAACGGCUACAGAAUGCAAAAAGCGCACAUACACAUAUAUACAUUGGGGUAUUGUAUAUUAUGCAACUUUUUGCCGUUUUUUUGUAUAUAUUAAUAAACUGUCAUCUUUUAUAUCGUUGAUCUUAUGAUAUAAUGUAACACCUAUAAGAUAUGUAUACUUAUCUAAAUUAUAUAUGUUAUGCUAUAAAAG